AUGUUUCUUGUCGCUUCAACCAUCCCUCUUCCCCCCUUUCCCGUCUGCGACGGCAGUUGGUGCACUCAGUUGACUUGGGACACUCAGGCAACAUUUCUGUGUGCUCUCCUCUCUCUUGACCAAUAUGCUCAUUCCCCGCCAUCUUCCCCCCACCCCCGUCCUCCACCCCCCUUUUCUCUGCAGGUGAACGUGUGGGACUACAGCUCACGGCGGCUGGUGCACUCUGUGGACUCGGGCCACUCGGGCAACAUCUUUUGUGUGCGCUUCAUGCCCGAGACAGGGGAUGAUGUGUUAGCCUCUGGCGCCGGGGACAACGAGGUGCGAGUGCACAGGCUCUCACGCUCCCCUGCUCCUGCCCCUGCCACGUCAUCCUCCCCCACUGCAACUGGCUUGCCCGGCGCUGGUCGGCAUGAUUCGUCUGGAUCCGGCGGUCCGUCCCAUUCGUCAGAGCAGGCAGCAAUGUUCCGGUGCCACAACCGACGGGUCAAGAAGCUUGCGGUGGAGGAGGGCAAUCCGCAUGUGGUGUGGAGUGCGAGCGAGGACGCCACACUGCGCCAGCACGACCUGAGAGAGACGUCUGUCUGUCCUCCGCCCACCACACACGCGCGCCCGCACUCGCCUCUCCACCACUCCCUCUUUCACGGCGCCUCAGAAUGCCGCAGUGUGCUGCUUGACCUCCGGGCAGCAGGAAAAGUUUCGCUCGAAGAUCCUCCUCGCGACUCAUUGGCUCUCAAGUCUUGUGCCAUCAGCCCGACCCGGCCACACCUGCUGAUGGUGGGGGGGAGUGACGCCUUUGCUCGUAUCUACGAUCGCCGAAUGCUCCCAUCGCCCUCCUCCCUCUCCCGCGCCUCCCCUCAACCCAAGCCUCCGCCCCCAUUGCUCCUGCUCGCCCCCAGCCACCUCUCUGAACCGCAAGGGAGGUCAGGCCUGCAUCUGACCCACGUGGCCUUCUCAGCCAAUGGGGAGGAGGCGUUGCUGAGCUACAGUGGCGAGCACGUGUACCUGUUUGACCUGGACCAAGCAACCCUGCCGUCUAUGAUCUACACGCCUGCUGACGUGGCGGCGUCUCACAGGCUGACUCCUCUCAAACCCUCGGACCUUCAUUACAAUCACACCACUGGCACCACCACUAGCAGCAGCAAUGGCCGCACUAACGGGUUUUGCCAACCAGACCAGCAGCAGCAGCAGCAGCAGCAGCAGCAGCAGCAACAGUGGCAAGAACCUGAUUUGGAGCACAGAAGAGAGAACCAACAUAAGCCCUCUUCUCCUCGCCUAAAACCCCAUACUCCCAAACCCGGUUCAACUAAGCCCUCCCAGCCUGUUAGCCUUGGAGAGAAGGAUAAGAAGCAGAGUGACAGGUUCGGCAACGCGAGCAGCAGCAGCGUGUGGGAUAGGUACACCAAUGGACGGGCUGAAUUGCCUCGGGCAGGAGUGGUUCGGGACCGAGCCAUGGGCCCAGGCUUGGGACCAAGGGACAGGGAUUAUACAAAGCUGCAAGAGUGCGAGCAGCUAUUGGAGGAAGCUUCUGCGAUAGUUCUCGGCCUAGAGGCCGAGUCAGAAGCAGCCCGACCAGCAGGCGAGGGGGGAGAGGGGCAGGGAGGGGUGUCAGGUGCCACCCCAGGUGCCACCCCAGGUGCCGCCUCAGGUGCUGCGUUAGGUGGGGCCGGCAGGAGGGCAUCAAGGGAGAGCACGCGGGCUCAGCAGGUGGCGUCUGGGCGGCGGGCCAGCCUGGCAAUCGACCUGUGCAGUGCGGUGUUGGAGGAGGGGGGCGAUGUGAUCGGGCCGGGUGUGCGACACGAUGCACUCUGCACCAGGGCUGCUGCAAUGCUGGAGAGGGGAUGGAAGAAUGACGAUCUGAUGGUGUUGUGUGACUGUAACGAAGCCAGGCGGAUCCUUCCCACAUCCAUCCGCGCUCAUCUCUACAUGGCCCAUGCCUUCUCCCAGCUGGGCCAGCAUCAGGAGGCGGUGGAGUUUGCAGAGCGAGCAGCCAUGUUUGACAGCAACCUCUCCUCCUACGUGGUGUCUCUGCGAGCCAAGAUGGCUGCUGCAGAGGAGGGGCGGCAAAAUCGCCUGAACGCAUGGGGACAGCCGCACACAGGGGGGGGAGGGUGGGCUGGGGGCAGCAGCAGCAGCAGUGGCACCAGCAGCAGCGGGGGCAGUCCCUCUGCUGCUACAGCUGCUGAGGCUGUUGCUACUGGUGGUUCAGAUGCAGAGACUGUGGCAGGAGUAGGAGCAGCAACUGAAGCAGGGGGAGAGACAGGGGCAGGGGCAGGGGCAGGGGCAGGGGCAGGGGCAGGGGCAGGGGCAGGGGCAGGGGCAGGGGUAGGGGCAGCUACAGAGGCUGGGAGAGAGGCAGAGGCAGGGGUAGGUGGAAAUGUAGAAAGUGUGGGGGCAGACAGGGGGGUGGAUGCUGGUCCUGGUGCUGCUGGUGCUUCUGCUGCUCCUGGUGCUGCUGCUGCCACAGGUGCUACUGCUGCUACUGCUGCUGGUGGUAGUGGUAUUGCAAGUGGUGGUGCUGCUGGUGGCAGUGGUAGCGGCCACAGCAAUCCACACAGGCGCAUCAGCAUUCGCUCGCUAAGUGACUUACUUAGGUCGCGCUCGCGUCGGCGAGGGCACUUGCUUAGCGAGAAUGAAGGGUUUGUUCCGACCAGGGAGGAGCCUCCAGCUGCAGUGGUGGAAGAGGAGCGAGUGGGAAGAGAGGGAGCAGGGGCAGAAGGACGAGGGAGAGUGGGCGCAGAGGGAGUAGGGGCAGGGUUAGUGGCAGCACAGGGAGCAGGGGAGGGGGGAGAGGGCGGUAGAGUUGAGGGGCGUGUGGAAGGGGUGAGUGAAGAGGGGCGUGAUGAGGGAAGAGAGGCGAGGAGAGAGGAGGAGGGAUUAGCGGCAGAGGGUGCGGAGGAAGGUGAAGUGGAGGAGGAGGGGGAAGAGGAAGAGGAUUUUCAGGUUCGAGUGGACGUUAGACUGGGUCCUGGCGUUGAAGCAGAAGAGAGAGAGGAAGACACAGGAGAUGAGAUGGUGGGAGGGGGGGGAGGGGAAGGAGGAGCAGGGGGAGGACAAGGGGUGGGAGGAGGAGAAGUGAGUGGGGGAGCACGGAGGGUGAGUUUGAACCUGCGACUGAGGAGGAGCAGGGAGGGGGAGGAGGACCGAGAGGAGGAGGGGGUGCGACGGGAGAAGAGUGCUAGAGGGGCGGGUGGAGAGACGAGGAGAAUGGGGGGCGGGAGUGUGGGCACGCGGGAGGAGGGAGAGGAGGAGGACGAGGAGGGGGAGGAGGGAGAGGAGACGGAGGAGGGGGAGGAGGGAGAGGAGGGAGAGGUGAAAAGGGGGAUGAGGGCAGUGGAUAUGCGGCAGCGGUUUGUGGGGCACUGCAACACAGGGACGGAUAUCAAGCAGGCGUCGUUUCUGGGCGACCGGGGGGAGUUUGUGACGAGUGGGAGCGACGACGGGCGGUGGUUUGUGUGGGAGAAGCGGACUGGCCGGGUGGUGAAGAUGCUGACAGGGGACGAGCAUGUCGUGAACUGCAUUCAGUGUCACCCAGUCGACUGUUGUGUGGCCACCAGCGGCAUCGAUGAUACCAUCAAGCUGUGGACGCCCCAUGCACCAUUGGCAUCAAGGGUAGCAGCAGGGGUGGGGGGGCCUGAGCCGGCCGACAUGAUUCAAGUGAUGGUGGAGAACCAGCAGCGCAUGCGCCGACCUCGCGAGUUCCUUGCGUGA